AUGGACGCGACGAGAACGCAGGAACUCGCGGCCGAGGAGGAGGCCGAGCGGCAGCGCAAACGGGCGCGAGAGAAGGAGGCAUGGCGCGCGCAGCGCGAGCGCAGCGCCAAGAAGACGGCAGCGCUGCAGGGGCACGACGAGGCAUGGGGACGCGCGAGGGUGGCCCAUGUCGGGCGCGCGCACUCGGUGGCUGGCGCGCUCGACGCGCACAUCGAGCGGCACUGGCGGCCAAGCGGCGGCGCGUUUGCCUACUACCCCGAGGGCCUCCUCCGCAUUCCCGAGCGCUUCGUGGCGGUCCACGUGAGCCGGGUGAUUCCCCUCCUAGUCCACUGCGUCGAGGCGGAGUUCGACUACGCUUAUGCCACGACCGCUUUCUGCGACGAGUUCCUCGGCGAGGGGAGGUACGCCCGGCGGGUCGCCCAGCUGCCAGCGGCGCCGCCGUCGCUGCCGCUGCUCGAACGCCUCAGCAGCGCGACGUUCAAGGCCUUCGACGAGGCGCUGUGCGCGGCGGCGACGCAUCUCUACAAAGCGGGCGUGACUGAUCCCUUCGAGAACCUGGAGUUCUGGCGCGUCAUCAAGACUGGCGCGCUGCGGGUCGUCCUCGAGAAGCGCGCGACGGCGGAGGGGGGGUGGGAGCUCUCGGGCGCCAGGCGCAAAUCGGGCCCGGAUGCGUUCCGUUCGGGGAACAGGGUCAUGCGCCGCCAGGAGCCCAGCACCGACGGCGGCAUCAGCCGUCGGCGGUUCUCCUCCGACGAGGACGGGGACGGUCCCUUCGAGGCCGCGGCCGAAGGCGUCGCCUCCGCCAAGACCGCCCUCCGCGCCUGCCUCCUUCAGCACGAGGCGCAGGCCUCCGCGCUCGACGACCACUGGCAGCUCUGCUGCGGCGUGUCUGCGGAGGACGGCGCCGUGCGGCUGGCCGACGCCCUCGCCGGAGAGAUGCCUGGCAGCGCGGAGGCCUUCGCCAAGGAGGACGAGCGCUUCUUCGGCCCGCCGACACGCGACGCCAUGGCCUUCGCUGGGGGCGUCCGCGCGCAACUGCGGAGCUCGUGGCCCAAGGAGACGCUCCCCGAUAACGAGGCGCGCGUGCUGCAGUGGGAGGCGACUUACGAGUCGGAGGCCACUGGGCGGCGCGAGCGGAACGGGGUCUGCUCGCGGAGCUUCCCGCUACUAGCCCGCGCUCUGGAGGACAAACACAACCCGCCCCUUGGCUGCGAGGACUGCCAAUGGAGGGCGGCGGACCUAGACGCGACCGGCGACUGCAUGAUUGCCGCGUGCGCAUGGCAGCUCCGCAAGCUGCUACCAGAGAGCGUCCUGGUCUCGCACGGGCUGCUGACCAUGCGCCAGGCCUGGGACGCCAAGCGAGCCAGCGACAGGCUGCGCAGGGCGGGGGACCCCACGACGGUGCGGAAGCUGCUGCUGUCGGUGCACAGAGCCGGCUUCUCACCGGGUGCGCCUAUGGACGACACGCGCGACCUCAGCGAUUUCAUCCUCGGG